CCAUGUUCGUCAUUGCCAAAGGACUCGAAUUACCAAGCGAUGAAGUAUAUUACUUACUCUUUAAAUAAUUAUAUAUUAUUGUCAUAUCAAACUACAUUACUGCCACAUACACAUGGCGUGAAUUAAUCUCCCUUUAAUUAACGCACUCCUGCCACAUUUUGAAUGGCCACUACUACUACGUGUACAUAACAAACCGACGUGAUUUCUCUUACGUAGGAGCGGUGUCAGUGAAUGAUCUAAAAACAUACACACACAUCACGCCUCGAACAUUCUUAAUCAUCGCAUCAUUAGAGACUAACUAGCGAGCCUUUUUAAUUAUUCCCGAGCAAAACGUCACCGAAGUUACAGACCUAAGUCUGCGCUGAAGUUGACACAUUCGACGUUAAAGGUUAAUAGGUGGCGACAGUGUGUCACGAUUAAAUAGUCGAAAAACUUGCGGCUUAAAUGCCGGUCGAAAAUUCGCAAAUUAUUCUGGGAGGAUGUAAGGCCCAUUUACAUUCGAAAAGUCCUUCUUACCUCGAUUUAAGGUUACGUUCGAUCGAUGUGUACCUUUUUAUUUGAAUCUAUCUUUCAAGCGUUUUCCAACCCAAGAUGCCACGCGUAUUGGUUUACAUAGUAGUCGUGUCAGUGUUGACAUGCACUGCGCACUCGCAAUUACCCGACUUGACAGCGGAAGUCCAGCCAAUGAACGAAAUGGCGGGAAACGGUGAUGCGCCUGAAAGUAAAGUCUACGAAGAUCUAUUUAAAAAAUCAUUUAGCCAUCAACGCAAGGAGCAUGCAUACGCCAUGAGGCGUUGGGAAAAAAUAGAAAAGUACGAACUUCUAUAUACAAUGAUAACAGUGUUCGGAGAGAAGAUGAUCAACGUGAUCAAUUCGAGUAGAUCAUCGUUGGAGAACGCUGCUUUUAAUCCUGAUGAUAGAUCUCUGCCACGGGAUGUUACUGUGCAAAGCGCAUUGUCCACUGUAUUAGAGAACACAGCUCUCUUUGGGGAUAUUGUCCAGCAUUUCCCGGAAAUAACGUAUCGUAUAUUGAAGGCGCAUCCAAAGUGGAUCGAGACGAUAAGCUGGUCCCUGAAUUUUACAAACCGAUGCCGACAUUUAUUAGACGAAGAAACGGCAACUUUAAUUAAUUCGGUGAGUCAAGAACUCAAUAUAACGGAACGCAAACCGGGAUAUUUUAUUCCUCAUCGGCGAACAGUUGACUCUCAAGAAGGAAACAAAGGGACGACGAAGACAAAGAGAGCGCCGAAGAAGGAGAAACGGAAGAGGGGACCGCAAAUGAUUAAAACUGAAUUAUGAACAUCAUUCAAUAAUUCCCCUAAUCUCAACAAUCAAACUAUUUACUUAUUCUUCUGAUUCAAGAGAAUUAUUUUUCUUAAUGUGUAAAUUUCAAUAUAACAAAACGUUCAUUACAAUUCAA